CCAGAACGAAAGUUGGGGCGCCAUUGUCUUUGACCAUGCCUUCUGCUCCAUCCGCCAUGCUGAACCCACACUUCAAGGACUUGGCUUUGCUGCGCCGAGGCGUCUUCUACGCGCUCGGCAUCAUCGUCUUCCUGCUCAUCUAUGGGACGUUGCAAGAGCGGAUCAUGACGCGGCCCUAUGGGGACCAGGUCUUCAACUCGUCCAUCUUCUUGGUGCUGUGCAACCGCGCGGUCGCAGCCAUUUGUGCCCUUUGCGCAGUCUGCUGGCGCCGAGAGCCGGUGACCAACGGCGCCCCGUGCUGGCAGUAUGCCCUAGUAUCCUUCUCCAACGUCUGUGCUAGUGUCUGCCAAUAUGAGGCGUUGAAAUAUGUGUCCUUCGCGGUGCAGAUGCUUGGGAAGUGCUUCAAGAUGAUGCCCGUCAUGCUGUGGGGCAUGGCCAUCGACGGCAAGCGCUACAGUCUCACCGACUGGGCGGUGGCGGCUGCCGUCACCGCGGGGGUGAUGCAGUUCCUGGUGAAGGGUCCCACCGGCUCCUACAGGCAGAAUCUGCCAGGCGAAGGCGGUCCAACAGGCCGCGGCUACCUGCUGCUGCUGGCCUUUCUGCUCUUGGAUGGCUUGACCUCCACCCUGCAGGAGAAGCUCUUUAAGGAGCACAGGACAACCAAGUUCAACCAGAUGCUUUACACCAACAUCAUCUCCUCUUUGAUCUCCUCGGUCAUGCUCAUCGCAUCGGGCCAGGCUACGUCUUCUGUGAACUUCUUGCUGCACCACAGCGACUUUGCCACCGACACCGCGGUCCUCUCUGCCUCGGCGGUGGCCAGCCAGUGCUUCAUCUAUUCCCAGGUGCAGGAGUUCGGCGCCCUGGCCUUUGCGGCCACUAUGAACGUGCGCCAGGUGAGCUCCAUCAUCUUCUCCUACGUUAGGUUCGGGCACUACAUCACCUCCUCGCAGAUCGUGGGCCUGGUGCUCAUCUUCUCGGCGCUCUUCUACAAGUGCCUCACCAGCUGGACGGUGUCCAAGUCUGAGAAGCAGCGACUUGUCCAGGAGCCGAAGGAGGCGCCAGAGGAUUCCGCGGAGCGCAACAGCGCGCGCUAUGGUCUCGCCUGACCUCGGCAGCCCGCGGGCAUCAGUUCAAUGAAGUGAGGAGAGGGAAACA